AGCCUGAAUGGUCCCCAGGACAAUAUCCUCGGCAAUCCUGGUUAUAUCCCACGGCACACCCGGGCACCUGCAAGGUCGAAAAAGGUCAAGAAAUAUAAAGGAAGCUCAAGAAAGGUCAACAAAUAUCAAGAAUGGUCAAGAAUAGUUAAGAAAGAUCGAGAAAGGUCAAGAAUGGUCAAGAAAGGUCAAGAAUGGUCAAGAAAGAUCAAGAAAGGUCAAGAAAGAUCAAGGAAGAUCAAGAAAGGUCAAGAAAGAUCAAGAGAGGUAAAGAGAGGUAAAGAAAGGUCAAGAAAGAUCAAGAAAGAUCAAGGAAGAUCAAGAAAGAUCAAGAAAGAUCAAGAAAGGUCAAGAAAGAUCAAGAAAGAUCAAGAAAGAUCAAGAAAGAUCAAGAAAGGUCAAGAAAGAUCAAGAAAGAUCAAGAAAGAUCAAGAAAGAAAGGUCAAGAAAGAUCAAGAAAGGUCAAGAAAGUUCAAGAAAGAUCAAGAAAGAUCAAGAAAGGUCAAGAAAGAUCAAGAAAGGUCAAGAAAGUUCAAGAAAGAUCAAGAAAGGUCAAGAACGAUGAAGAAAGGUCAAGAAAGAUCAAGAAAGGUCAAGAAAGUUCAAGAAAGAUCAAGAAAGAUCAAGAAAGGUCAAGAAAGGUCAAGAAAGAUCAAGAAAGAUCAAGAAAGGUCAAGAAAGAUCAAGAAUGAUCAAGAAAGGUCAAGAACGAUGAAGAAAGGUCAAGAAAGGUCAAGACCUGUACCCAGCAGGGACUCUAAGGGUGGGAACGAGAAUCCAGACCUCACAUUUAGGCAAAAACACGAAAAAGAAAGUUUCUUAAAAAACUCGCGUUCCUUAAGAAAGUUUCUUAAAGAACUCACGUUCUUUAAGAAACUUUUAAGAAACACGUUCUAA